AUGUUUUGAGGCGGUCUUUUCCCAACGGUAAGAUGAAAUGAGUUCUUAUAAAUUCAGGGACUUAACAAUAGCCCCUACAUUCAGCAUAGAGGGUGAACUUGCUUAUAGUACGGAUAAUGACUCAAGGGGAAAGCUUCGAGAUUGCUAUGGAGCAGGAAAACAUGGUGCAAGUUUUGAUGGUGCACUGUCAAGCCAUGAAGCGGCAAGAGACACGACUGCGCCUGGCUACUGCGCUCAUGCUCGUAACUUUCCUCGCAACAUUAGUGUGGAUACAAUUUCACCAACAAACAACGCAUCCGGUUCCAGGUGCCAGUCCGGAAGCUUUGAGAUCUGAUGAAGCAUCAUCCAGAAGACUCUCUGUUCACCUUAGACCUGCUAGAAGCAUGGAUAAUGAUUGUCCUGAACACCCGAUUAAGAGGCUCGUACAGUGGGAUCAGUUGAGUGAAGGCUUAGACCACCAACAUAUUAAUCUGACAACCAGCUCUGUUGACGUCUUAACAGAGGGUCUUUACUUGAUCAACCUAAGGAUUUCAUACCGUGUUCUCAAUUCUGUCCAAUGUGAGAAAGCGGAUGAACUCGUUUUAAAUGUCUACAUCACACAGCAGCAUAGCAACUAUAAGGAGGAGAUAGAAGUUAGAACUGCUACUGAGAGCAUGCCUUGUAAACAAUAUUGGAUGCAGUCAGUCGCUUUGAACAAAGUGAUCAGGCUAGAAGCCAACACCGCUCUCAGGGUGAAAAUUAACUCAAAAUCAUGCAAAUUUGUCAGUUGGUUUCAAAACACCCAUUUGGAUGUCACUCUUCUCUAAUAUUGGCUUUGUUACAAAAAUCUCUGCUACACAAUGGAAAUGCACAUUCAUGAAAAUAGUAAUAUUUUCUAGAUAACGAUUAAGAUUAUAAUACUAUUCUCAGGCACUGUUUGUUUUAUUUUACCUAUUAUGUGUACUAAAAGCUGUAAGUUUAUGCUUUAAUUUAUUUUAUUAAAUUGGAAUAUUAUUAAAUAAUUUAAAAUUGUUAUUAUGACUGCGUGUAUCUGCAUGACUGCGUGUAUCUGCAGUAUCCACAAAAAAGCAGAUUUUGAAAAUAUUGUAAAAGUACCACUAUUGAACCACAAUGGUGGUGCAGGUGGAACUACAUUCAUGUUUUAUUUUAAAACUUUUUUGUGCAUUGAUGGACUUUUGUCAUUCUUUUGAUUUUAAAAAUCAUGACUGUAAACAACAUUAAUCCUGUUUGAUUUUGAACCCAUUUAUUGGUUGCAAUUUUAUGCAUGAAAUACAAAUUAGCAUUAAGCUCAUUUACCUGUUGUUCAUGUACAUGUAUGUGUGGUUUUGUAUGGAAAUCAAAUUAAAGAGCUUUAACGUUUAUAUAAUUUGAUAUGUUGGGUCAUAUAUCAUUGAAUCGUCAGGCCCUAUAU